AUGGAUGGCGAACAACCGCAUUGGGGCUUACUGCUUAAACUCUCUGCGUCGGGGUACUCAGAAGGAGCUGUGGUGUUGCUGGCGGGAGCUGUGGUGUUGCUGGCAGGAGCUGUGGUGUUGCUGGCGGGAGCUGUGGUGUUGCUGGCUGGAGCUGUGGUGUUACUAGCAGGAGUUGUGGCCACACUCGCCACCCCCGAUGUUGCGGCUGCUGCCUGCGACGCCCACAGUGGACUCGCUGCAAGGAUGAUGGGAGCACGUGAAACGCGAAGGUGCACGGCCAGGAAGCGUGGUGAGGUGCAUAACGUGAGGUGCAUUGAACGUGUGAGGUGCAUUGAACGUGUGAGGUGCAUGAACGUGUGA